CUUUCUUCACAAACAGCAAGCAACAUUCAAGAUGUCUGGGCGCGGAAAAUCAGGCAAGGCUAGAGCAAAGGCCAAGACACGCUCCUCCCGUGCCGGGCUUCAGUUCCCGGUGGGUCGUGUCCACAGGCUGCUCCGCAAGGGCAACUAUGCGCAGCGCGUCGGGGCCGGCGCUCCCGUCUACCUGGCGGCUGUGCUCGAGUACUUGACUGCUGAAAUUCUGGAGUUGGCUGGCAACGCCGCUCGUGACAACAAGAAGACCAGAAUUAUUCCCCGCCACUUGCAGCUCGCCGUCCGCAACGACGAGGAGCUCAACAAACUGCUCGGCGGCGUCACUAUCGCUCAGGGCGGAGUGUUGCCCAACAUUCAAGCUGUGCUCCUGCCCAAGAAGACUGAGAAGGCCGGCAAAGCCAAGUAAACUUAGCCACAAGCUAAUCAUCACAAAAGGCUCUUUUAAGAGCCACACAAAUGUCCGAAAAGGGUACAUUUCCAUUUUGAGUAAUCUUACCGUCUGCAAUAUUAUUAGAUUCAGAUAGGAGUAGUGUUUCAGAGCA